AUGGCACUGUUGCGCAGAGAUCUCGUUUUCUCGAGACCUCCUUGCAGCAAGACAAUGCAGUGCCUGACCAAGCGUGAAGAGAGGCGGGAGGCGACAGAAUCUAGGGACUCCCCUGGUGUCAGAUGCUGCUGCCUUGCCUACCAUGUUCCAUCUUUGGGUUUUGUCCUCCCUGUAGGGGGCUUCAGCAAGUUUCAGGCCGAGAGCCCGCAUCUUUGCGAAACCAACCUGGACCCGGCCAGUUCCAGCAACUCUCCGGCGACGGUGGCGGCCCCUGUCGUGGGGCUGGGCGGCUUGAGACUCAGCUCAGACUGUUCGGAUGCCGAGUCAGAGCCCCUGAGCAGCGGUGGCGGCCUGGAGUCGGAGGGGGCCAGCCCUCCGUCCUUCCCCGUGCAGAUUCUGCCGAACCUCUACCUGGGCAGUGCCCGCGACUCUGCCAACAUGGGCAUGUUGGCCAAGCUGGGAAUCCACUAUAUCCUCAACGUGACCCCCAACCUUCCGAACCUUUUUGAGAAGAACGGCGAUUUCCAUUACAAGCAGAUUCCCAUCUCGGACCACUGGAGCCAGAACCUCUCGCAGUUCUUUCCCGAAGCCAUCGAGUUCAUCGACGAGGCCCUGUCUCGGAACUGCGGAGUCCUGGUGCACUGCUUGGCCGGGAUCAGCCGCUCGGUCACCGUCACCGUCGCCUACCUCAUGCAAAAGUUCCACCUGUCCCUCAACGAUGCCUAUGACCUGGUGAAGCGCAAGAAAUCCAACAUCUCACCCAACUUCAAUUUCAUGGGGCAGCUGCUAGACUUUGAGAAGUCUCUGGGGCUGGGCAGGAGCAGCCGUCGCCCCACCUCCAGCCAGACCUUCUUCACUUCUCCCACUGACGACAGCGUCUUCGAGCUGGACCCCACGUAGAGAUGAAAGGGGCUGCUUUGUUGUUGUCCUCUGCUCUUUGGUUCUAGCUGCUGCCCCGGUGGCAGAGUCCAGUAGGACCAACAGAAUACCUCAUGCCUAAGAGGGAGGCGCGUCUUUCAGAAUCGGCAGCCACUUCCAGAGAAGGUUCGACUUCGAGCGAGGUUUCAUACCUACCAGUCUCACAGAUCAAGAUGACACGGCCAUAGAAAUAACCAAAGACCCUCUCUGCCCCUCUCCCAAAUUCUGGAGUCUGUUGUUCAGGAAUGACGUUUUCUUUUCCUCGACAUCAUGUCGAAUAGCCCAGAUUAAAUGAAAGAUGUGGAAAGGGCCAUGUCAGGUCUGGAACCUACCAGUUUUCGGUGGCUUCCAUCUUAACAUUGAAUGUUUCCCAUUGUAAGGCCUGAUGUAGUCGUGAAGGCCGUCCUGUUCUCUUACCUGUUAAUCCUUCAUGGCUAGGUUUUCCUAUUCUAGAAUGACAUCCUUCGGCUCAUUUCAGGGCCACGGGGAAGACUAUCAUAGCAUGGAAAUGAACAAAAUAAAUGGUUUUCCUAGACCGGGAACCCACAUCUCAGUGGUGAGUUGCUCUCCACCUGAAAUGAUUUCUGAAUGGUUUUGUAGAAAUGGAAUCCAUGAAUGGCAGCAUGUAUAAUCUGAGACUCUAGCAGUUGCCUUAAGGAGACUCCAGUGCGGAUUUGGGUGCCCCAAAUCCUAGAACAAGGAUGAAGACUACGCUCUCCUUUCACUUAGCUCUUCGACAACAGGGACUGACUCCGCCCCACCGGGGUUGGAGCCAGUGCAGCUCUGCCAGAGGGCCACGUUAGCAAAUGUCUAAGGCCGUACCCAGUCAGGGACCACCAGCUUUUGCUGUGGGUUCAGAAGCCUGCAUAACCAUGGCCUGCCCUUGUCUCAGAAGCUUAGCCACUCCACAGCUAGGCCCUGCAGAAGGAAAAUUCAGAACAGGUUUGCAUUAGGAAGCCGGCUGGGGGACACUGCUGAUCAAUGACUCCAGGCAGAGGCAUAGUGCUCCCAGUGGGUGGGUGGGUGUUGAACUGACAGUGCAUGUUAAUGCCAGCAAGUGAACAGUCCCAUUUGUGUCGUGUGGGUGUACGCACACUGGGCAGGGUUCAGCGUACCUGCAUGCGGGACUCCACUUGCACUUCAGAGCCGAGUCCUGGAAUCCCCUCACCAGAGCUCAGCCUUGAAACAGAGCCACAAGAGGGUAGAUCGUCCACAGAAGGAAAAAUAAAUGAGCAGAGCGUUCUGUUGUCGUUUUCCUCUGCCUCCGCCGCCUCAGUACGUCUGGGACCAAGAGGCAGAGCUCCUGUCUGAAAAUGUGUGUCACUCCUAAGCAAGUCUGAUUACCAGCGGUUCUGGUUUUAAAACAGCAGCAUUCAAUUAAGCACUGUGCAUACACAGUGAGCAUGAUCGGCCGACACGUUGUGUCUGCGGGUUUUGUUGUUUUUCACCGAAGGCCCUUGGCCUGUUUGUGCAUCUGCUGGGAUGUGCAAAGGUUCCGCUCCUGUGGAACCCUUUGAUUCAUCUUAUUUCAGCGGGUUUGGUUUUACCUUGAAAGUUUUUACCCCUCUCAGCUAGGAAGGAAUUCUUGGAAGUGUUAUGGGCAACAGCUUGCCAAAGCCUCCAAAAACCCGAGGGAUAGCUCCAAGAGCGUGGGAGUCAGUUCCCUCCAUAGCCUUUUACCUUAUGUCUAGUAAAGCCAGAUAAAAUAUGCAAAGGAGUGCCAACCGCAGAAUAAAAUAUUCAAAGACAUAAACAGUUAUGCAAAUUUGCUCCGCAUAAUUUAUGCGUGUUGUGGAAUCCAGCUUGUCUUGGCACAGGAUUUGGACUGCCUGGGUGUGGAAUUUAAAUUUAUUUUUUUUACCAAAAGCAUGGUGUACACAUUGUACGUUGUGUCUUUCGUGCACAGGUUUGUGUACGGGUUUGUGUACGGGUGGAUCUCUCUGGAGUGGUGCUCAUUUGUGAAAGCCGAAAGUCCAUCGGGAGAAGAGCUGCUUUUUGUAAACUUGGUGCUGUCGGGACUUCUUGGCCAGGAUUUGGUUCUCAAUUGAAUGUAAAUGGCUCCAGAGCUGAAGGGGGAAUGGACAAACGCCCUCAUUGCCACGGAUAACAGCCUCUUCAAUAAAGCAGGACUUUAAAAACAA